AAGUUAAACUCCGCCCUUCAUUGAAGACACGGACACACCRUUCUCCUGGAAAAGGAAAGGCUGCAUCGAGAGAACAAUGGGAGUUGACGUCGAGACUAUUAGACCCGGAGACGGAAGGACUUUUCCGAAGAAGGGUAGCACGGUCGCCGUGCACUACGUUGGCACGCUGACAAACGGGAAGAAAUUUGACUCCUCCAGGGACCGAGGAGAGCCCUUCACGUUUAAGCUGGGAGCUGGUGAAGUUAUCCGCGGCUGGGAUGAAGGUGUAGCUCAGAUGAGCGUUGGCCAGUUGGCCAAGCUGACCUGCUCUCCGGAUUACGCUUAUGGAAGCAGAGGUUAUCCACCCAUCAUCCCUGCAAACUCUACCCUCAUCUUUGAGGUUGAGCUCCUGAAAUGCUGAGUUUUUACACUGAAAGCUAUUCCAGAGUAUUGUUUUUUGGGAACUUUUUUUUCUUUUCUGUCCACAUUUUUCACAAAUGGUUCUUUGGUGAAAUGGUAACUGAAUUGUACUUGUAUAAAGCUUUGUUAGAAAUAUGGAAUCAGAAGCCUAUUCUCACACAAUAACCACCAUGCUAAUGACAACUGUGCUACAUUGGUGMUAGUCUAAUUCUCAGGCCCAUGAACUUGAAGUGAACAUUGGAUCAAUCUGGCUUCAUUAUUAUUUUUUUUUCUUCUUCUUAAAGCCGAAUGAUAUUGACAUUCCCUGUUUUUCAAAGUAAAUAUAACAGUAAUGGAAAUGGYGCAGUACUGAUAACUUGGACCAUGCUCGCAUUUGUUUUUGGGUAUCUUGUUAAAAACACACUCUGGGAAAGUUGCACUUGCACAGUUUAGACGAGAUUUUAUCAGCUUAAUAUUAUUUCAUAUUUGAUCAUAAAGCCUAACAAAUAUAUUCUGCUCCUCCUAUUKAAAUUUAUUCAUCAAUGUGCUAGAAAUGUAACAGAAUUUGACUGGUUUUCAGAAGCCUGAAUAUUUAUAUAUUAUUUUUAAUUCAUUCAUUCACAUUAAAUCAAAUAAACUAAAAGCACAUGGUUGAGAAARUGCAAGUGACACAAAAUACAAUGUUCUCACUAAAGCAGUGUUUUUUUUCCACAUGUGAUUUUUUUUUCUGUACUUUAAAAAGUAGUAAGAUGUUAAACUGACCUUAACACCUUUAGUGAAGUGUGGUUUUCUUUCUUUUUCCUUUGCAGUAGAUUGUGACUUUAUUUUGCACAUUAAAGCAAUGAAUCAAUAAGGAUUAACUCUCA